AUGGCGACUACCACGCCUACAUCAUGGGUCGACUCCUUACUCAACCACAAGAGCAGCACGUACGUUGAACUGACCAUCCUAACCAUCAUGGUGUUUCUCGGAUGUGGUGGAAAUAUCAAAGUAAUGUGGACUUUUGGAAAGGUCAAGACUCAAUUUGCUCGUCAAAUUAUGUCGUUAUUCUUCACACUUGCUAUUAGCGAUGGUCUGAUCUGUAGCGUGCGAAUUCCACUGAGAAUUUAUGGUCUACUGCAUCCUAGCUGGGAUGAAGGACAUGAGGUGUGUACAGCGUGGCACAUCACCUCUGCCAUUUUGGGAAUCAUUAUUUUUAAGAACCUGCUAGUCGCCCUACAACGCCUCAUCAUUAUGUAUUCCUUUCCUUUCUACCGUCGUCAUUUCACGCUGACCACCGUCCUGCUGAUCGUCGUCCUGAUCUGGGUGAUACACAUUGGCACUUUCAUCACCAUCACCGUCGUCUUCAACAUUAAGCUAUCUUACGAUAAUAAUGGCAUCUGCCAACUCAAGAAUGCGUAUUCUAGUAGAAACGAGACCGUGUGGUUCAUCGUGGAGGGCCUAAUAAGCGUGACCCCUGUGACCCUGACUGCCCUCUGUCAUAUGUGGAUAGUCUAUAAGAUAUGUAGCACAGGACUUACAAAAUUAGACAGGAUCGACGAACGAGCUAGCUACGUCCGUAUCAACACUAUGGCCAUUUUAAGAACACUGCUUGUAUUGGUGUGUUGGGUUCCUUAUCUCCUCGUAAACAUGUUAGGCGCCGAUCCCGAUCCGCUGACCCCGAGAAUCCGUGGGUAUCUGGACUAUUUACUAUGCGCUCAGUCGGUCAUCAGUCCAUAUAUAACACUUCAGGACUCGGAUUUUAGUGACUCGGUCACCCGCAAGAAGACGAUAGCACGACGAGGGAUUUUAAACGGCAACAGCUUCCGGCUCAGUCUGAAGAAAUGCAUCAGUAACAUCACUUCCGGGGAGCUACGAACAAACAGACCCACUGAGUAA